AUGGAGUGCCCUUCUUUCAUUUCAGUGUACGCUCCCAGGAGCUAUCGCGAGAGCAACAAUUACGCAACCAAUCUGAGUACAACGAAGACGCUCUUUUGGUCUCCGAAUCAAAGACGCUUCGAGAGACCAACUAUUCGUCGUCCCCGUUGUCGAAAAGUCUUGAAGGACCUGUUGCUCUCGGGUAGUGACUUUCAGAUCACGAAAGGCAGCUUAGAUGGUGUUUCUCCAGAGAGCAAGCCUCGGACGCUUACACACGCGGAGAGGGAGUUGUUUACACAGUCUUUCCACAGCUUACGGGAAAAGGCGAACUACCUUGACAAGGAGGCCAUAGAGAGUCUGCACCGUGCCCUCGAAGUGGCAUUUGCGGCGCACAGUGGGCAGCUUCGUCGGUCUGGUGAGCCCUUCAUCACACAUCCCGUCGCAGUUGCUCUUCUUCUCGCGGAACUUCGGAUGGACGUUGACACACUCAUCGCUGGGCUCUUACACGAUACCGUCGAGGACACAGACCUCACUCUUGAUGCUGUUGAAAGUCUUUUUGGCCAUGUUGUUCGAAAUAUUGUUGAAUCGGAAACCAAAGUCUCCAAAAUAGCCAGAAAGAUGAAACCGAGCAACGCUGUUAGCGGUGCCAAUGGUGCACUCAUGGCUCCGGUCUCCAUGAUUGCUGCAGCGGCAUCAGCGGCAGCCGCGGCAGCAACUGCCGCAGCUGCAGCAGUUCGGAGCAAGUUCAAGGGCUUACGGCUCGAUCAUGACCUGGCUGGAGGCGAAGAAAUAGACGCCUCAACUCUUGACCAGAACUUCGAGAUUAGGGCUACAGUCGCGAACGGCACUGUGACCGAGCACUCGCCGAACGGAGCAGCUCCGAACUUUCGGAAAUCCAGCAAAGAGGAGCAACAGGCAGAGUAUAUCCGUCGCAUGUUUGUCUCUAUGGCGGAGGAUAUUCGGGUUAUAGUCGUGAAGCUGGCAGAUCGACUCCAUAAUAUGCGAACUUUGGAGCAUAUGCCACCACUCAAGCAGCAGAGCAUCGCGCAGGAGACCUUGGGGAUAUUUGUGCCGCUCGCACAUCGUCUCGGGCUGGCUCGAAUAGCGUCCGAGUUGGAAGACUUAUCGUUCCGCUUUUUGCAUCCAAAAGAGUAUGGCCUACUUUCCGAACAAGUGCGAAUAUACAAAGAUCGCACGAACCUUGAGAUGAAUCUGGCUCACGCGGCGGACGCUCUAGUGGAUUCUCUGGAGAACGACUCUAUCUUGAAACCCUUGGUGCGGGAGAUCUGCACGAAGGUAGCUCUCAAAAAUCUGUUCUCCAUCUACCAAAGAAUUUUGCAGGGUGCACGGCUGGAAAAUAUCCAUGACCUCGCUACUGUGCAAAUUAUUGUCGGACUCAGCGAGGAGCACUAUGAUCCUUCAUUCGGUAGAAAUAUCUGCUAUCAUAUCCUGGGGCGUGUACAUUCGCUUUUCCGACCAUUUCCAGGGCAUGUGAAGGAUUUUGUUGCGUAUCCGAAACCGAAUGGCUACCAGAGUUUACACACGCUGGUGCUUCUGGGUCCGAAGGGUGGAUUCCACCCCGUGGAGGUGCAGAUCUUCACAGAUAGCAUGCACGUUCAAGCAGAAUAUGGUAUUGCUAUGGAAUUCUGGCCAGAAACGAGGCUCCGAAGUGGACAACAAGCGGCAGGAAAUGGGACGCUGCAUUCACCGCAAAACCACUGGCAAAAACACUCAGAAGACUGGCUCCGCAACAUUCUGGAGUACUGCAAGGAAUAUUCGGGGAACUCCAAGGACUGUGUUGAUGCGGUUCAGAAGGAUCUCCUGGGGAAUCGAGUCUACGUAUUCACGCCGAAAAAUUACAUUUUGGAUCUUCCGAAAGGCUCUACUGUCGUAGAUGCUGCCUACCAUAUUCACUCAGACGUAGGAAAUCAAAUGAUCGGGGCUCGUGUAGCCGGCCGGUUUGUGCCGCUCGAUUACGAGCUCAGCAAUGCGGAUAGCAUCAAAAUCAUUACAUCGCCGGCUGCACCUGGGCCUAGCCGCGAGUGGCUUCGUUACGCGCGUUCACGCACUGCCAAGCAGAAGAUUCGCCGAUUCCUUCGAUCUCGUGAAGUGAAGGAGGCAUGCGAGCGAGGUAGAGAGCUUCUUCAAGCAGCAGCGCGGCAUCUUUGUGUGGACGAGAACGAGAUUCCAAAUGACUUGGUCUUGGAAUCAGCCCUCCCUAUACUGGUGCCGAAAGUUUGCGCACCGGCCCGAGCCCUUGAAAUCCGAUGUUUGGAAGAUCUGCUCGUUUAUGUGCAUCGAUUCGGAGGAUUAACAGCUGCCGCAAAAAUUUUAUGCCAUUUUUGUCGGGAUAUUGAUCCAGAUCGCAUCCGCACUCUUGAAGAGCUGCAUACAACUGCAGCAAGUAACAACGAUGUGCACGCUGCAGCUGACACUGGCGUCCCUGAUACAGAAAUCGAUGGAACAUUUGCGGAAGAGGAAACAAGUCCUCUUUACUUGAGGUCGAGUGCUCGCGAUCCGCCAGCCAAUUACCAGACCCUCGAAGCAGCCGAAUUUCCAGAAAAGGACGCUGAGCGAUACCUAGAACGCUCACUUCCUGAACGUGAGCGUCAACCUGGAACGGAUUCGUCUUCAAGUCGAACCUUGUCCAGUGGUGCAAGUAAUGCAGCUGAAGCGUGUGAGGACAUUCACCCAGAGUGUUUCGCUGCGUGCUGCUGCAAUCCCGUACCAGGCGAUCGUAUUGUUGCGAUCCGAAUUCGGCCGGCAAGCCACGGAGUACCCGCCGCCUUUGAAGUCCAUCGCCUCCGCUGCGUGCGCUGCCUCGCGAGCCUCCGCGGUGAUCCCGAGGCAUGCGUGAGCGUGCGCUGGUGCGCGCCGCGUUCACGCUAUCCAGUGCGCCUCGCGCUGAUGGCGCGCGAUGGCCCUGGUCUACUGUCACGGAUUGCAGGUACGAUCUCGAGUGAGGGCAUCUCGAUUGUGGGAUCAUCCAGCCGCAUAUCCAGAGAUACUGCGAUACUAUUCUUUGAAAUCCUUGUGCAAGACAAGUAUCAGAUUGAACGAUUGCGAACGCGUUUGCUUGCAUUCGAGGACGUUCUUGAGACCUGUCGGGUACGAGACCAUCUUGGCGGCAACGAGACCCAUGCCAUGUCGUCAUAUGCCCAGACUCUAGCACGGCUCAAGUCAGGCGAGGUAGAGAUCUUGUCUAUGGCCGGUAGUCUUCUUGAACAUGAGGUGGAAGACGCCGACAACGAGGAUGAGUGA